AUCCUGCGGGGAUUGACUGCUGCUCUAUUCUGGUGAAAACCGGGUCCGGAUACAGAAAACUUUAACUUUGUGUGUGUGUGUUUUUUGCAGGAAGUGGAAGGCUAGAUUUUGUUUUCGGUGAAAUUUCCUUUCGGAAAGGUUGAAUAUUUGAGUUUUAGUUUUUGGAAGUGAGGAUAACAUGUUGAUUUGAUUAUGACACGAAAACCGGACGCCCGUGGUUUGUCUAUGUGACUUGCCAAUGAUAAAUUGUGUUCCGGAAGAUCAAAGGAAUUGGACAAACGCAGAAGUUUUAGUGAUCUAACGCCGGUUGACGAAGAAAUUUAUGCCUUUAAAUCCACCGGUAUUCAACGGAUGAUUCCAUCUCUCUACUCGUACACCCUCGAAAGAGUGAAGAAUAAACACCUCGAAGCUAGCUGUGUACACUGCAGUGAAUAAAGCGCAUAAAAUCCCUCUACCGCUACCACAAAUACGCUGUAGAACCGGAAGUAUCCUCGAGUGGCUCUUAAAACAGCAACAGCAGCAGCUUGAAUAGGUGCAACCAGGGUGCAACAACAGCUCCUUGAAAACACCAUAUCGGUUGUGCUCGUGACGUUUCUCUGUAAUCCUCGAUUGCCCUCUAGGAGGACGACGACGACGACGACGACGUGGUGGAAAACAGCUCAGGCGCGAGGGAACGUAUCAUCUCCAGCAAGUGCGCACCUACCUACAUAAACGGAGGUGUUGCUGUUGUGUAAACUUUAGCGUUCUCCACGAAGAUGCCAGGAGUGGUGUUCCUCGUUAGUGUGCCAACGGCGAAUUAUGAACGAGCACUAAUUAAUGGGCUUGAUUAUGGCUACGAUGGCAACAGCGAGCUACUGCCGCCACCGAUUCCACCACAUCAUCAGAACCAAUUGGGCCCAGCAGUUGCCAACACCAACACCGCCGGACGCAAUCUGAACAUCAACGUUCCGGAAAAUGCAGUUCAAUCGAGUGUACCGUCAUCGAACGAAGCGGCGAACGCCAUUCUGCGGCUCGAAGUGGAACUACGAGAUAAGCACGCGGUGCAAAACAAUCGAAGAGCACCUAAGCCACGGCCCCCACCGGCCUAUGGACGGGGUCCGGUCAAGCAGCGAAACGAUGACUGCUUUGUGCCAAUGGAAAAGGUACUUGACGAGUUGCUGAAAAAGCUAGAGAUUGAGCACGUGCUGUGGCAGCCGGACCGGUCAGGACACGACUACCAGGUGCUGUUCCCGCUGCCAGCCGGUGAUCCGUGCGAAACCACUCUCCACUGUUUGACCGAGCUGGGCAUCGGCGUCCGGGCCAAUUCAACAGUCAGCGUCCUGCCGUGCAGUGUCAGCUAUGAUGGUUCCGCACUUGACGGCGAUGGAAACCACGAGGAUGAAUACGGCGACGACGGUGAAGAGAACUCCAAAUGGAACAACUUUGUCGACUCGAUUCGUUCGAAGCUGACGGUGAAACAGGUGGUUGACGGGGUCCGCGCCGGUGGUUCGUUAUCGUUCGACUAUCUGCUGCUUAUCGUUACGGCCGACUCGCUGGCCGCGCUCGGCCUGGUGGAGAACAAUGCUCCGAACAUCGUGGCUGCCAUGCUGGUCUCGCCUCUGAUGGGCCCGGUGAUGUCGAUUACCUUCGGAACGAUUAUUGCCGAUCGGGAGCUGGUGAAAGUUGGCUUCACUUCCCUCGCUCUGGGUAUGUUCAUCUCGAUUCUGUUUGGAUUCGUCUUUGGAUUGAUCUUGGGUACCACCGAAAUGCCCUGGGGAUUUGGAGACUUCCCCACCGAGGAGAUGAAAGGACGUGGAAAUGCCCGGUCGCUCUGGAUGGGCAUCCUGUGGGCGCUUACAUCGGGCAGUGGAGUUGCGGUGGCGCUCCUACAAGGAUCGGCAGGACCAUUGAUUGGGGUUGCGAUUUCUGCCUCACUGCUGCCACCGGUUGUUAAUUGCGGUUUGUUCUGGGCUCUGGCCUGUAUUUGGUUGAUCUACGAAGACAUCAAAAUGCCCCAUCUAAAGGGCGAAGCGUACACCGGAAAUUCGAGCUACGAGUUCGUGUACACCAAUUACAUCCCGACGGAGUUUCUAAUUAACGGUAUCGUUUCCGGCCUGCUCACGGUGAUCAACGUAAUUUGCAUCUUCAUUACUGCCAUCAUCGUGCUCAAGAUAAAGGAAGUGGCAGCACCGUACACCUCUAGUCCGGACCUGCGCAGGUUCUGGGAAACUGAUAUUCGAACCGCGCGGACGGCCAAUCGGACCACCAUUAGGAGAAAGCAAACUGGCAGCGAGGCGGAUAUCAUGACGACAUAUGCCGAAGUGGAGAACCAUCCGGAAGCUCGUGGCCUCGAAACUGCACUGGAACAGGCUCUGAAGGAAGCCGUCGACGAUGACACCUACCGAAAGGUGAAGCGGAUGAGCUAUUCGGGCAAUGCUGCAAGUGAGAUUGCAGAACGUCUUUUCGGACUGUCCGGCGCUGGAUCCUCCAACGGCAGCAGUGGUCUACCACCAAGUCGCAGCAGUAUCCGGAAUUCGAAAAAUACGGCGGACUUGAAAUUGCUGGAAAAACUGGUUACAUCCCUGCUGGAGUCUCAGGAUUCUUCCAAUCGUCAGCGAUCGGGCACGGGAAAUCGCGGUUCCAUGAUGCAACGUCUGAGACCCAUGUCCAGAUCGUUCCGUCUACCGAGUUCCAUCCGGAAGAAAGAUGCUCAAAGAUCGAACACUGGCUCCGUUGGACCGAUGCCAACUAUUCGCGAAUCGGGAGGAAGUGGCCAUAGGACCAAUUCCUGGGGUGACCGGAACAGCAACGUACGCAGGGUACUGAACUCGAUUGCUAAUGCACCGCAUAGGUUGAGUCAGUCUUUGACAACGGACGGACGGGAAGACGAGGAAAGAAGCAAUUUGACACAGAAUAUUUUGUAGAGCUGCAUGGAUUCGUAGCAUAAAUUCUGUGCAAUACAGAUUCAAAUAUAAAUCUUCAAUCUAGCUUUGUAAAAUACGAUUAGUUCAAUAGCUGGUGCAUGGUAUAAUCAUCUCAACAGAGUUGUAUGUUAUUUCUGAUGAAUUGUGAGCUUUCUGCUCUCGUAUUUACUGGAUAC